AGCUGAUGUACCGAGUACUCCUUGUGGGCAUUGGUGCGAAUGGCGUCCAAAGGACAUGCCGGCAAGCCAGCAGCGGGGACUAAUGAAGUGCUGGUGGUCUUCCCACCCUCAUUGAGUGCUCGUCAGCGAGCCUUAAUUCAUGAAGUAGCCGAGGAAAAUGGACUUCAUCACGCCAGCGAUGGGUCAGGCGAAGGCCGUUUUAUCAUGGUUGGUUCGCGCAAGGCUGGAGCACGCAAGGUCAAUGUGGCGGCGCCGUCAGGGGGCGCCUUUUCCGUUGCUGACUUAUGUGCAGCCCUACUAGAGCAUUUGGGCAUUGACGCAACGGACCAUCUUCCAAGCACGUCUGCCGCUGGCCGACAGGCCGGCCGCGCCCAGGUUAGGUCCGAAACACGGGCCCAAGAUGAUCCCGCGACGGUGGAGACCUUCGUUGAGCUCAGCCGCCGGCUCAUUGACAUGGAGCGGGAGGCUGAGAUAGCGCAAGCCAAUGCCGAAACGUCGCUUUGUUCCCCCGAAGCUGCUCAGGCUCGUGGGCGGGCACUGCUCAACCUCAGAGUUGAUGACGUCGAGGUCGGCCUCCUCGGACGCACGCUCCUCACCCUGGUGUCAAACAAGGGCUACGGCGCGGGUGCCGGCACAGCGGAGCUGCCUCCGCAUAAGUUCGGUCCCCACGAUGUGGUCGCCCUGAGGCCCAGUCGCGGCCCCUCGGACGCCCCCCCGCUCGUCUCUGGCGUCAUCUACCGCGUCCGCGAAACUGCCAUCAUCGUGGCUGUUGAUGAGGCUCCCGAGGAGGGCCUGGACCAGCAGCUGCGUCUUGAUAAACUUGCAAACGAGGUUACCUAUCAACGCAUGCGGGGAACUUUGGACGCCCUUCUGCGUGUUCGGAGAGGCACCGCGGCGACCCCGGACGGGCGAUUCCUGCCCGGUGGGGCGGUGGUUGAUGUGGUGUUUGGUCGCCGGGAGCCGAGGUUUACGGAAUCGGCGCCGGCAUGGACAGCGAUUAAUCGUGGCCUCGACGAAUCGCAGCGCGCAGCUGUUUCGCUUGCGUUGUCCAGUCAGGAUGUGGCGCUGGUGCACGAGCCGCCAGGCACUGGUAAGACAACGGCGGUCGUGGAGAUUAUCCUCCAAGAGGUCGCUCGUGGAUCUCGUGUACUGGCGGCGGCCGCGUCGAACAUCGCGGUCGACAACCUGGUUGAGCGCCUGGUGCGUGCGGAGCCCAAGCUGAAGCUAGUUCGCCUGGGCCACCCCGCCCGACUACUGCCCCAAGUCCUCGACAGCAGCCUCGAAGCACACGUCCUCCGCUCAGACAACAGCUCACUGGCUCGGGACUGCCGUGCUGAAAUGAAGGACAUCAAUCAACGGUUGCUGAAGUUGGGUCCUCGAGACCGCGCAGAGCGCCGGGCGCUGCGCUCCGACCUCCGACGGCUGGCGAAGGAGGAACGUCUACGUCAGGAGGCGGCGGUGGUGGAGGUAAUAAAGGGAGCGCGUGUGGUUUGCUGCACCCUAACGGGUGUCUCGCACCGGCAGCUUGAGUCGGAGCUCUUUGAUGUGGCGGUGGUUGAUGAGGCGGCCCAGGCGCUGGAGGCGGCUACCUGGAGCGCUUUGCUUCGGGCGAGGAGGGCUGUGCUGGCAGGCGACCAUCUGCAGCUCCCGCCCACGGUUGUGAGCGAGGAGGCGGCCAAGAUGGGCCUUGCUCGCACGCUGUUUGAACGGCUGCAACGGCUACUGCCUGCUGCCAGUGCCAUGUUGACUGUACAAUACCGCAUGAACAAGGCCAUCAUGCAGUGGUCGAGUGAUGAGCUGUACGAGGGUCGUCUGACUGCACAUUCCACCGUCGCUGAUCAUACCUUGGUAGACGUUGCUGGGGUUUUAGCUCCGUCUUCGGAAUCCGCAGCUUCAGGAAAGGGCGGCAAGGCGGGUAGUGCAGCCUCCUCCAGCGGCGCCAAAAGGUCGAGCAGUAAGAUUAAGCCCGCCAAGGCUGCUGCUGCACUACCCCCUCGGGGCGCUGGCGCAGGUGCAGGCAAUGUAGGCGCGGAGGAAGCUGGACCGCUUCCUGUGCUGUUGUUGAUCGACACUGCGGGCUGCGGGUACGAGGAGCAGCAGGAAGCGGAAGGGAGCAGCUAUGCCAAUCCAGGGGAGGCGAAGGCCGUGAUGGCGCAUGUCCGGCGGCUUGUUCAACGACGGAUUUCGCCGCACAACAUUGGCAUCAUCACGCCCUACAAUGCGCAGGUGGCCCUCCUGAAGGAGCUGCGCCAGGAGCAGGCAGCAACGGCCCUGGAGAUUAGCAGUGUGGAUGGCUUUCAGGGCCGCGAGAAGGAGGCCAUCAUCAUAUCGAUGGUUCGCAGCAAUGAUUCUGGGGAGGUCGGGUUCCUGUCUGACCGCCGCCGGAUGAAUGUUGCAGUAACCAGGGCGCGACGGCAUUGUGCAAUUGUGUGCGACACUGAAACCGUUUCGCACGACGAAUUUCUAAAGAGGCUAGUAGACUACUUCAGCGCAAAUGGAGAGUACAGCUCGGCUGCUGAGUUGGUGUCAGAUGCUUAGACGGCAUUUGGGCUGUGGUGGUGUGCUGUGGGGUAAUGUAAUGGUAAUUGUGCACUGAAGCAGGCAGAGGCUGUAGGUAGCAAUGCUCUGACGAUCAGGCAGUUCUUUAUUUGCAGCUAACCUUCAUCGAAUUAAAUGCAUUGCCUUGCCGAUGCUAAUUACCAGCUGUGUCGUUCUGUGUGCUGGGAAUUGUUUGACUGGGUAUCCAACAUUAGGGAGAUAGCAGUCCUCGUGCUCAUCCUUUCGGCGUUGUGGCGCAUUCACCUAAUCUACUGUAAAUUUGAGGUGCC